CGGACACGACUUCAGAGCCAGUCGUUUGCCACCGCCUCAACUCUUUGGUUUAAACCUGCUUCUGCUGUCACCGACCUUUCAAUCUAUCUACCGAUCUGAAUGCUGUAAGUGCUGUCGUUACUUCUACACCCACCCACUCCUCAUUUGUAAUCUUGUGUGAUCUCAAGGCAUGGAUGUCACGGUGCGCCUUGGCAUAAUACAAUAUUGUAAUCCGAAUUGAGCACAGUCUGCGAGGAUUUAGCCCUGGUUUACACAAUCAGCUAACUUGACAUUCAAGUUGUUGUAGGGGAAAGUGUAGCCUAGUGCAAGCUGCUUGUAGCGAAAGUGGAAACCGACCUGAUCGCAAACAGAUAUGUUUUGACCGGUGAGGGACCGACUCCGGAAUGAAGACGGCAGUACAGACUGGGAGACCGCGGCCGUUCCAGCGGUUCUGCUGCUGUGGAGUUGGGUUUCUCGCGGUCAUUUGGCUCUCACAGUUCGCGCACGUGAUAGAGCCGGAGUCAUCCGGGUCUCAUUCUGGAGAGGAUGGCGUUCCAGUCCGUUCCAGACGCAGGCUGAUGCAGGAAGAGUGGACAGAAGACAACCAGACCCUGGACCUUUCUAGACCAGCCAUCCAUGAGUUUCCAGAAGAUAUAUUUACCAAGGAGGAGCUGAAAAGAGGAGCAGUGUUGUUACAUGUGCUGUGUGCUAUCUACAUGUUCUACGCUCUUGCUAUUGUCUGUGAUGACUACUUUGUUCCUUCCCUGGAGAAAAUAUCAGAGAACCUGCAGCUCAGUGAGGAUGUGGCAGGGGCAACCUUCAUGGCUGCAGGAAGCUCAGCCCCAGAGCUCUUCACCUCUCUCAUUGGUGUGUUUAUCACUAAAGGAGACGUGGGGGUCGGCACCAUCGUGGGCUCAGCGGUCUUCAACAUCCUGGUCAUCAUUGGUGUGUGUGGCAUCUUUGCGGGCCAGACGGUGGUUCUGACGUGGUGGUCUCUGUUCAGGGACUCCACCUACUACAUCUUCUCUGUGCUGGCUCUCAUCCUGGUGAGGCAGACAAGGGAGAGAGGAGGGGAAAUGAAGACCAUACAAUCAAAUGCUUUUAAAUACAGUCGCUUACUUGUGCUCUACGAUUACAGUGCUGAGUUCAACUCCCAGCUCUUGGGGUGUGUGACUCGUCGUUUUGGUGGUCCGGGUCAGUGUUGCCUGGGUAGUGAGGUACACCGAGACGAGGAGAUGGCAGAGGACGGACCCACCUGCAACACCAACAUGGUGCUGCUCAGGAAAGGCCAACCCCAGGGUCAGGAGUCUCCUCCGGUGAUGAUGGUGGACGAGCUCCUCAUCCUCAACCCCCACCAGUUGUCCUUCUCCGAGGCUGGCCUGCGCAUCAUGAUUACCCCCCACUUUUCCCCUCGCACCAGGCUCAGAAUGGCGGGCCGAGUGCUCAUCAGUGAGAGACAGAGGUUGAUCAGGAGUCCUCCCAACAGCCAGCUGGACGGAGAGACCAGCGCAGGGGCAGGGGGCACCCCUCUGAAGGGUUCUGGAGGUCUGGAGAAUGGGGGCAGUGUGGAGAGACAGACCCCCGAGGGGGCAGGGCUAGGGGACGCAGGGGACAAGCCAGGGGCGGAGGGUUGUCAGGCUGAGGAAGAGGAGGAUGAUGAUGAUGGGCCGUUCAGGCCUCUGCACUGGCCAGAUGGUUGCUGUGCACGGGUCAAGUGGCUGAUCUCGUGGCCCCUGGGCCUGCUGCUGUACUGCACUGUGCCUAACUGUGUGUUCCCCCGCUGGCACCGCUGGUUCAUGGUCACCUUCUUAGCCUCCACCCUGUGGAUAGCCAUCUUCUCCUACCUCAUGGUGUGGAUGGUCACCAUCGUCAGCUACACACUAGACAUCCCAGACUACAUCAUGGGUAUCACCUUCCUGGCAGCGGGCACCAGCGUGCCAGACUGCAUGGCCAGCCUCAUUGUAGCUCGGCAAGGUUUGGGGGACAUGGCGGUGUCUAACUCCAUUGGCAGUAAUAUCUUUGACAUCUUGUUGGGGCUGGGUUUCCCCUGGGCUCUGCGCACUCUGGUGGUGGACAACGGAUCAUCGGUCUACAUUAACAACAAGGGCCUGGUGUAUUCUGUUGUCCUGCUGCUGGCCUCCGUCUUCCUCACAGUGAUGAGUGUCCAUCUGAACCACUGGAAGCUGGACCGCCGGCUAGGCCUGGGGCUGAUAUUCCUCUAUGCCAUCUUCCUGCUCUGCUCCAUCUUCUUUGGGCAGAUGUGAGACUGACACUGGGGGUCAACGGUCAAUCCUGAUUCGCUUUCCUGUAAGCUGCCACGUCCAGGAGUCCUCUGUCUCCCAGAGAUCCUCUCUCCUAAAACCAAACAACAGUCUCAGCUACAUUGUGCUAAAAGUUAACGUGAAGUAGCACAGACAGAAUAUGCUCGGAUGACGUUACACACAUAAUACCCAAACACUCACUGUAGUCUUUUUCAGUGGUACGACCCUUUUUAAUCCGGAGUGCAGUGUUUUAAUACCCAGCAACACAUAAUGUUCAGCUGUCACCAUGGAGAAAUAAUACAAUAGACUAGUACUCUUGUUUGUUAACCUUAAAUUUGGAACACCCGUGUUUGUUUUGAAUGUACGCCCUAGCUGAUGUUACCUUGUUGUGUUACCUUCAGUAUGUACAUUUGUGCAAAAGUGUAGCAGUGCUGGGGUACAGUUGAGCAUAGAACAGCCAGUAAGGUACUAGGAACAUAGCAAUAGGACAAAUGGACAGCAUAGACUUAUAAUGGAGAAAAUAUUAAUAAGAGAUGCAGAUUAUUGUGACUAUAACUGACCGAGUUCCUCCAAAGAGGAUUUAUGAAUGAUUAUUUUUUUUGCCUCACCGCUUUUAAACAAGUAUUGUUACAAACUAAGUAAAUAAUAGGCUAACGUGAAAUCUAUGAUUUGUAGCGUUUUUAGAAGUGUUAUUAGUAUCGGCGACAUGUUUCUAUGAGUGUCACAACCUUUGAUUAAAUGCGUACGGGUCUGUUGUAAUAGUUCACUAUGUUAAAGUAUGAUCAUUGUUUGUAAAAAAAUCUUUCUGCACAUUUUUGUUUUUCAGUAUUACUGUAUAACAAUUAUUAAGUCAACAAGACCAUACUUUUUACUGUUUCUAAAUGUUUACUAAAUAUUUUACAUAGUUUUUCAAAAAAAUGAACGUCAGACAGAGACUAGAUUUGUGAUGUUUUUGAUAUUUGUAAGAACUAGAUAACAUUCUUCCUAUGAUAUUUGUGAGAAUACCGUAUAUUGUAACUGAAAGACGAUGUAUAUUUUUUGGUCACUUAGUAAAGUGAUGCUAAAGAAGACUGACGCGUCAGAUCAGCACACUCCACCUAGAUCUGAUGAAAGGAGAAUAAGGUUAUAUUGAAUGUCACUUUCCAUUCCACUAUUAGGUUAUUUAACCCAGAUUAGAUCCUUUUUCAGCACCUGACCCCCUUGAUUUAGUAUCGUUAUUUAUUAUUUCCGAGAUUUUGCAUAUUUCCUUUGUCAAGUGCUUGUGAUUACAAUAAGCAUUGGUUUGCUCCUCAAAAUAGUAUAUUCUCAAAACGUGUUAUUUAUUUUGAAAAUGGUUUCUUUCAUUACCACAAUGGUAACUUCUAUUAAAUAUAAUUUAGAUUUCAGAUCAGAUCAAAUGACUCAAACUUUUUGCCAAAUGAAAAGACUGCAGAAAAUACUCUGUGUGUCAUAGAACUAAUAGUUCUGCUGUUUGCUCUCAGCCACUCAUAAGCAUUUUGAGCAUUUUAAAAGAGGCUCACACAGAACCAGUCAAGUUCGGACACACCUACUCAUCUUUAUUUUUGCUAUUGUCUACAUUGUAGAAUA